AAGGGGGAGCCUCCACCGCGCAGCAUCAGAAGCAGCUGGGCGGGUCUGCGCAGCCGCAGCAGUAGCCAGCGGCCGGCGAGGGGGGGCAUCUCGGUCGCGCGCUGUUUUGCUCCCGGCUUGAGGCCGCUGGAGCCAAGUUGGUCUGGUCCCUGCGCCCCUCACUGCGGCAGGUGAGGCUGGUUCCGCUGUUCCUGCCUCGGGCCGCGAGGCGUCUUCCGCCGCCGUCAUGCUGCUGCCCGUGUUCACCCUGAAACUGCGCCACAAAAUCAGCCCCCGCAUGGUGGCCGUAGGGCGCUACGACGGGACUCACCCGUGCCUGGCGGCCGCCACCCAAGCGGGCAAGGUUUUUAUUCACAAUCCUCAUACACGGAGCCAGCAUUUCAGUGCAUCCAGGGUCUUCCAGAGCCCCCUGGAGUCUGACGUUUCGCUUCUCAACAUUAAUCAGGCAGUCAGCUGCCUGACUGCAGGAGUACUGAACCCUCAACUUGGCUAUGAUACUCUUUUAGUGGGGACACAGACUAAUCUUUUGGCUUACGAUGUCUACAAUAAUUCAGAUUUGUUCUACAGAGAGGUAGCAGAUGGGGCCAACACAAUUGUGUUGGGGAUUCUGGGAGACAUUUCCUCUCCUCUUGCAAUUAUUGGUGGGAAUUGUGCUCUGCAGGGUUUUGAUCAUGAAGGAAAUGAUCUCUUUUGGACGGUUACUGGAGAUAAUGUUCAUUCCUUGGCCUUGUGUGACUUUGAUGGUGAUGGGAAGAAAGAGCUUCUUGUUGGAUCUGAGGAUUUUGACAUCCGAGUUUUUAAAGAAGAUGAGAUUGUGGCAGAAAUGACAGAAACAGAGAUAAUCACCUCUCUUUGCCCCAUGUAUGGUAGUCGAUUUGGUUAUGCCCUUUCCAAUGGCACAGUUGGAGUUUACGACAAAACAGCCCGAUACUGGAGAAUUAAAUCCAAAAAUCAUGCCAUGAGCAUUCAUGCUUUUGACCUUAAUUCUGAUGGAGUCUGUGAACUGAUAACUGGUUGGUCCAAUGGGAAGGUUGAUGCUCGAAGUGACCGAACUGGGGAGGUCAUCUUCAAAGACAACUUUUCUUCUGCAAUUGCUGGAGUGGUCGAGGGAGAUUAUCGGAUGGAUGGCCAUGUCGAGUUAAUCUGCUGCUCAGUGGACGGAGAAAUCCGGGGCUACCUGCCAGGCACGGCUGAGACGAGAGGGAACCUCAUGGACACCAGCAUAGAGCAGGAUUUGAUCCGAGAGCUGAGUCAGAAAAAACAGAAUCUGUUGCUGGAACUCCAUAACUAUGAAGAAAAUGCCAAGGCUGAACUGAGCAGUCCACCCAACGAGGCGGAUGGGCAGCGGGGCGUCAUCCCAGCCAACACAAAGCUCCACACCGCCCUCUCAGUCAAUCUGGGGAACGAGACUCAGGAUGCUCACGCAGAACUCUGCAUUUCUACGUCGAAUGACACCAUCAUCCGAGCGGUGCUGAUCUUUGCUGAGGGAAUUUUUCUAGGUGAAAGCCACGUGGUACACCCCAGCGUUCACAACCUUUCCAGCUCCAUCCGCAUCCCGAUCACGCCUCCCAAAGAUGUGCCUGUGGAUCUGCACUUGAAAACCUUCGUGGGUUACAGAAGCAGCACCCAGUUCCAUGUAUUUGAACUGACAAGACAGCUGCCCCGAUUCUCCAUGUAUGCGCUGACCAGCCCGGACUCUGCCCGCGAGCCACUCAGCUAUGUCAACUUUGUCAUCGCAGAGCGGGCCCCGAGAGUUGUUAUAUGGCUCAACCAGAACUUUCUGUUACCAGAAGACACUAACAUUCAGAAUGCUCCAUUUCAAGUGUGUUUCACCUCCUUACGGAAUGGUGGCCAGCUGUAUAUAAAAAUAAAACUUAGUGGAGAGAUCACUGUAAAUACUGAUGAUAUUGAUUUGGCUGGUGAUAUCAUCCAGUCGAUGGCAUCGUCUUUUGCUAUUGAAGACCUUCAGGUAGAAGCGGAUUUCCCCAUCUACUUUGAGGAAUUACGAAAGGUGCUAGUUAAGGUGGAUGAGUACCAUUCAAUGCAUCAGAAGCUCAGCGCUGACAUGGCUGAUAAUUCUAAUCUGAUCCGGAGUUUGCUGGUCCGAGCUGAGGAUGCUCGUCUGAUGAGGGACAUGAAAACAAUGAAGAAUCGCUAUAUGGAACUCUACGACCUUAAUAAAGAUUUGAUAAAUGGAUAUAAAAUUCGCUGUAACAAUCACACAGAGCUAUUGGGAAACCUCAAAGCAGUAAAUCAAGCAAUUCAAAGAGCAGGUCGGCUGCGUGUUGGAAAACCAAAGAACCAGGUGAUUACUGCUUGUCGGGAUGCGAUUCGAAGCAACAACACCAACAUGCUGUUCAGAAUCAUGCGGGUGGGGACAGCUUCUUCAUAGGCGAGGAAAGAAUAGGUAAUGAAGUUCCUAGAAAGUGUUUUCCCUAAAAAUUUGCUUUGGAUCACAUCCUGGUGAACCCAAGGUGCUAAGAAUGAAAACCACCUUGGUGAAUUGUACAAAUGAAAGACAAAGCAUUGCUUCUGAAAAGGUUAUUCACUUUCUAUUUUUAAAAUUCAUAGUACAGUUGCCAAAUAAAACUAGGUUUGUAGGGAGGAAGGUGAAUACUUUUGAAACGCUAGGGCCUCAAAGUCCAGUUUUUCUGUAUGUAUGUAAAGUUGGUGUAUAGAUACAUCUUUUUUUUCUAAUUGAAUUUGUAAUUUUAAAAUGGGUUAUCUGCGUUUUCAUUAAAAUUUAAAGGUGUU